AUGGUCGAUAAUCGAUUACCACCACCAUUUUCUACGGUCCGAUUCACUGGUAUGGUAGUUGUGGCUUAUCUUUUCAGUACCGUUGUAUCCCUAGCAAUACCUGAAGAUAAUGUCGCAGGUCUUAGCUGGCAAUGGUUACAAAUAUUUACUCCUCUAGCUGCUGCUUUAGGUGUAUGGGCUGUGGGAAAUAUUGGUCAUGAAACGGGAUCCAUUAAAUGGCCUUUAAUAUGUGCAUAUUUUAUACCCAUGGUUGGUAAUCCAUUGAAAUCAUUUAUAUUUGAUAAAUGGGGCUACGACAUUGAUGAAUCUACAUCAUUCGCCAUAAUGAUAUUAUCUGCAGCAUGGUCAUUUGAUCACUUGGAAAAACGGUGGAGACCAAAAAACCAAAAGACCCCAGGCACCUUAAAGCGAAUCAUUGURAUUAGUAUGUGCUGCUUGUUAUACAUGGCUUUAUGGAGUAGUUAUUUAUAUUUCAACGCCAAAGUGACUGAUGAAGAUGGAGACGAAGUACCAUUCCAYGAGGCCCUAGGUCAUUUUUUCAGUUCACCCUGGUGGUUAGACGUAAAACAAUCAUUUAUUGAUGUAUGGCAAUUUGCACAACAACAUGGGUGGAUGGAGACUUGGCGACAAAUAGUUUCAUUAUCUGAUCCUUCGGGUGAACAAAAUGCUUUUAAGGUGCUGGAAUUAAGAUCAGGAGCUACACAAACUGAAAUAAAAAAUCAAUGUCGAACAUUAGCAGUUAAAUACCAUCCAGAUAAAGCUAAAGAUGAUGUAACUAAGAAAGAUGUGCAAAAUCGAUUCUUCGAAGUACAGCAAGCAUGUGAACUUCUAUCAAAUAGUAGAGCUAAAAGGCGAAGAAGAAAUAAACAAUUUAAUGAAGAGCUUUAAGUUGCAGUAUUAUUUUUUUGUUAUGUACCUAUCCAUCAAAUCAUAUUUGUUUAUACAUUAACUGUGAUAAAACCAAAUUGAUGUUUAAUUUAACAUAAUUUAAGGUUAUUAUUUUUCAUAAAUGCUUUGGUCAAGGCAUAAAAUCCUUAUGUGAUGGUUAAUUUAGAAACAAAAAUUAUAAUAUUGAAAUUCUUUAUAUUAUGUUAAAUUAACAUUAUAUU